AAGUUAAAAUGGUACUCCUGUAAAGCCAAGUUUAUUGCAAUAAUGAAUCGGAGAGGUUUCUGCAAAGCUCCUGCUAAUGCCUAUCCUCCUCCAACGCAAAGCUUCAGAAAAAAAAGACUUAAGGAUGUCAAAAAGAUGCCUUUGCAAGUACUUUCCACUAUUAAAAUCAAGUUUGGUAGACCUAAGAAUUAA